GUUCAGGUCAAGCCGAUUAUUCAUAUCUAUGGAGCUUUCGUCAGCUGUAAUGGGCUAUCGUGGCUUUGAUGUCUCGUGUUCUCGCGGGAAAAAGGUUGGACCAAUACCAAAGGUAUGCGCUCAGCACCACCAGUCAACAUGUCCAACCUCCAGAAGAUGUUCUAUGCUGGGGUUUCAUCAAUACAGUAUCCAAUGCUCAACACCUGUGUCUAUCUCGUGCCACCGCACCGCCACUCUUUAUGCCAUAACAUCACUCCAAUCCCAUCCACUGCUGUAUAAAUACCUCAAUGUGAUCAUGAGUAAUGUCACAACGAAUAGAACCCCCACAAUACAUCUCAAGCGAGGUAAGCCGAGUAAGCUUGCCCAAGGCCAUGAAUGUAGUAACCUCGAGCUCGUGGUCAGAAGCAGAAAGUUUGAUACUCAGAUUCUUGGACUCCUCGGGUCUCGCGAUAGCGUUGAAGGCACUCUCGUCAACUCUAGAUCCAUCAGCGUGUGUAAGAUCAUGUAGUGUGACAGUAAGCCUCUCUUCAGCGACUUCAUCAGCGGAAGCAAAAGCUCAGCAGUACCGAGGUCAAAGCCACAGGUUAGUGUCUCGAGGCCUUUGGAAGGUGUGAGAUUGCUCAGCUUGAUAACUGUGAGGAGCAUAUCGGCGUUGAGAACUGUGACGAUGGGAUCAAGACGUAGCGUGUAGAUGUAUCCAAAACGAACCAAUUGACGAAAGACGCCCGGGCGAAGGACUAGUCGACCAGUAGGCGAUGUAAGCCCAGCAUGCUAAAGCGCGUUGUCUUUAAUCAGGAAAUCGAAUAGGACAUACCGUGGUACGUCAAAGUGGCCGGAGUUGACAACGAGAGUGUGUAGCUUAGGACACUGCAAGCACGAUUGCUCCAUCUAGUCAGGGGCACUCUCACCCACAACGAGCUGCUGGCUUUUCUCAUUAAGAGGAGCCAGCGUGCUGGAAUUAGUAAUACGCAAGACCUCGAGCGCAGAGCAAAAGUACGGCGACA